AUGUCAGAAACUGAGCUGGAAAAGAUAAAAGUAAGAACAGCUGAGCAUUUCGAAAAUGAUAAAAAUAACAUUUCUUGGUUGAAGGAAGAUAUGCAACUCACAAAUGAAAAACAUGCCGAAGAGAAACCCAUUAAUGCUAUCGUUAUAAAUUCAGUAUCCGAAUUCAGCAUCACAGAUGGGCCAGCCAAGGAAACUUCCACUGAGAAAAAACUGUCAGAAUCCACCACCUCACUGCCCUCCCUUGAAGAAUGUCAAACGAAAUUUUCUUACCUCCAAACCGAUGCUUCAGUUCAUCAGAGAGACACUGAUGAGGAGUGCGCCUCCCUGGUCCUCACCUGCCUGUUCUGCCAGUUCUGGGACUGCCUCCUGAUGCUCCCCGACGCCUGCGAGGCCGCGUGCGCCGACGCGUGCUGCCCCUCGCACAGGUACCACCACGCGGCCGACGAGGGCCACGCGCGCAACGANCACAUGGUCCUGAGCGCCCGGGCCCCUCGCUCCCCACCUGCCCGCACACGGCCCUGA